AUGAUGUCGGAUGGUGUUGUGCGCGUUCAGAGUCGGCAGUUUCUACAACCACCGCCGUCAAUCACCAUCACCACCGUUGCCACUGCCGCCAGCGUCGUUCAGUCAUCCACGUCCGGCAUGGGCCGUGGCUCCUUAGGGCGCCGACGUGCGUCGGCGUUUGUGCGUCGCGUAUCGAUGGCGAUUCCGACACUCACCGCCGAUCCGGUACCGUUCUCAGCGGUAAGUAACUCUGUUACGGUCAUGAAGUCUGCAUUGAUAUUGGUUGGUCCACGACAUAAACGAAUAAGGUUUUCAUCGUUAUUUUUGAAACUAUUCCAUAUCACUGGAUUAACAUAUUCAGUAUGGUUGCUCAGUAUGGUAUAA